CUAGGAAGGGCCCCAGCUGUCUCCCUCCCUCUGGGAAGACAGAUCCUGACCCAGCUGGACCCCCUUGGGGACCCCCCAUCCACUAAGUUGCAGGGGGCUGCCAAAGAGGGAGGACCAACAGGCUGACCUUGAGGUUUUCCUUGCAGGAGAAGGCAAAGAGGGAGCUCUGUCCUCUGCGAAAUGAGCCAUGAUGGAGGGUCACCAGCUCUCUUACAGAGGAAACAGCUCUGGAGAUUCACGAGAACCCUUCAAAGCCUUUGGACCUCUGGGGGAGCCUGGAGCGAAGGUGGAAGCAAAUGACGCUGCGGGGAAAGGCCUUCGUGCUGCUCAGGUUGAGAGCCAGGGGGAGUUCAGCCAGAAGGCCAGGCAGAAGGUCCUGGAAGGAGGAAACCUCACUUCGAAGAUCCAGCACCAGCAGUUCAGAGGAUUCCUCUAUCAGGAGACCCAAAGACCCCGGGAAAUUUGCAGCUGUCUCCACCACCUUUGCCUUCAAUGGCUGAAACCAGAAAGAAACACAAAGGCCCAGAUGCUGGACCUGGUGGUCCUGGAGCAUUUUCUGGCUGUCCUUCCCCUGGAGAUGGCAAACUGGGUGAGGGAAUGUGGAGCGGAGACCAGUUCCCAGGCGGUGGCCCUGGCCGAAGGCUUCCUCCUGAGCCAGGCAGAGGAUGAAAAGAAGCAGGGAAGGUCCACCAAGAUGGAUCCUCAAAGUCCCAAGCCAAAGGGAGAUCCAUCAGAUCUUUCUCAGGGGACACUUUUUGGAGAGACUCCCACUCCCAUCAUCUCGCCAGGGGAGAGUACGAUGUUUGUGGUACUUCUUGAAACGUCUCCCUUUUCUGUUGGAAAAGAGACAGCAACUCCGCUUGCAGCUCAGGCUCCGAUGUCCUUCAAGGAGGUGGCCGUGUAUUUCUCCGAGGAGGAGUGGGCUCUGCUCGAUUCUCAUCAAAAAGCCUUGCACGGAGAAGUCAUGCUGGAGACUUCUAGGAAUGUGGCUUCCCUCAGUAAGGGCCUGUCCUUGCUCUGAAUUAAAAUAGCUGUGAAAGGCCUUCUGCACUGUGAAGUAAUCAGCCUGUUUGUUUCUUCCAAGAAUUAGCCAAACCAGAGCCUGGCUCCUGGCAGGAAGAAGGUGGAGAUCUGUUCUUCUGGGGAUCCA